AGCUGUCAGGGUCCUGAGGGACUGCAGAGCACACUUUAAAGUACUUUCACUCUCACUCAGUCCAGUCAAAGCAGCGGGGCACAGAGGGGGAGAAGCCACUGAGAUUGCACGCUGCACAUUCAGGAGCUGGGGAAGAGAACAUCGCUACUGCUGUGUCGUCGUGGUUGUUGCUGUUGUUGUUUUUGUUGUCACACCUGGAGAAAUGUCUCUCAGAAGGUCUGACCCGAAAAAAGAACCCAGUAUUGAGCUGUUCAUUAAGGCAGGUCUCGACGGAGAGAAUAUUGGACACUGCCCAUUCUGUCAGCGUCUCUUCAUGGUUCUGUGGCUUAAAGGAGUCAAGUUCACUGUAACCACCGUCGAUAUGAAAAAGAAACCAGAAGAACUCAAGGACUUGGCACCCGGGACCAACCCCCCUUUCCUCCUGUACAACGGAGAGCUCAAAACGGACUUCCUGAAGAUCGAAGAGUUUCUGGAGCAGACCCUGGCGCCCCCUAGGUAUCCCCACCUCAGCCCGCAGAAUAAGGAGUCCUUUGAUGUUGGCAGUGAUAUCUUUGCUAAGUUCUCAGCGUACAUCAAGAACAGCUCAGCAAACAAAAAUUUCGAGAAGGCUCUGCUGAGGGAGUUCAAGCGGCUCGAUGACUACCUGCGGUCCCCCCUCCCCGAGGAGAUCGACCCCAACAGCACCGAAGACCUGCUCGUCUCCCGGAGGAAGUUCCUGGACGGAGACCGGCUGACCCUGGCGGACUGCAACCUGCUGCCCAAACUGCACGUCAUCAAGAUAGCGGCUAAGAAAUACUGUGAUUUCGAAAUCCCGCCUCACUUCACGGGGGUGUUGCGCUACCUGGAGCACGCCUGCCAGAGGGAUGAGUUCAGUCACACCUGCCCUGCCAGCGGCGAGAUCGAGCGGGCGUACGCAUCCGUAGCAAACAAGAGAACAUGAACUGUGACCCGCGGCCAGACUCGCACAACUGCACUAACACAGCGAAGAUCAUGGGCGGCCAAAUACAUUCACUGAACUUUCUUUUAAGGCGUUGCAUUUGUAUAGCUUUUUAUACUCCUAUAGAGGCAAGAAUCGUGUUCCUGGGAGCAAACCACUGCUCCGAGUGCUGGAAGAGAUAGAGAUGAUGAGGAUGAUGAUGAUGAGGAUGAUGAUGAUGAGGAUGAUGAUGAGGAAAGCCCUCUGAGAAUGAGGGUUGAGUCUUAUUUAUGAAUCAUAACGUCAUGGUGGUAUUUGCAAAUUUGUAUUUGAAUGUAAUCUAGGAUCCACAGCCAUUUGACAUACUCCAUUUUACUACACUGAGAUAUUGUAGACAACUUGUAGAAUGAUAGAUUAUAUAUAUAUAUAUAUAUAUAUAUAUAUAUAUAUAUAUAUAUAUAUAUAUAAUGUGUGUGUGUGUGUGUGUUAUUUGGUAUUGUAUAUAAGGGCUUACUGAAACUGUUUUCGUUUAUACAGAUUUAAAACCUGAAGUCAUUAAAAAAAAAAAAAAAAAUACUGUAAAGCCUUGAAUAUUUGUGAGCCUUUGUACAUUACAUACUUCGUAUAUUGCAACAGGUCGCCAACUUUUCUGGAGCAAAAUAGGUUUUAUGAUUGUGAUUCGCCAAAUAUUUUGUUCACAAAUAUUUAUGGCUUUACUGCCACCCAGUGGUGAAAAAAAUAAACUUCACCUACUCAUUCUAGCGUGCACUUGUGUGUGUGUGUCACUGGCAGCCAUAAAUGUUAUUGUGUAUUAUAGUGUAUAAUAUGUUUGAGCUUGUGAACGGUGGAUUGUUUUUCCAUGUGUAAUUGUAUCAGUUAUUUAAAAAACACUGCAUUAGCUUCCUUAAUCACACCCAUUUUUUUUAUUAAAGUAUUUAAAAUAUG